UUGACAGCUUUGAUUAGGCUUUUUGAUUAGUAUAAAAAUCUGACACAUUCUUUCGCUUUUAUCAAAAACGGCAAGCAUGGCUGGUGGUGUUCCAAUAAUAGUUUUGAAUCAAAACACAAAGAGAGAAUCUGGAAGAAAAGUGCAGAUAGGAAAUAUCGAAGCCGGAAAGACUGUAGCAGAUAUCAUUCGAACAUGUCUUGGUCCAAGGUCAAUGUUGAAGAUGCUGAUGGACCCAAUGGGAGGAAUAGUAAUGACAAAUGAUGGAAAUGCCAUUCUUAGAGAGCUAAAUGUCCAACAUCCAGCUGCAAAAUCAAUGAUUGAGGUGGCUCGCACCCAAGAUGAAGAAACUGGUGAUGGAACUAAAUCAGUAAUAAUUUUAGCUGGAGAGGUCUUAGCAGCUGCAGAGCAAUUUAUUCAUCAGCAGAUGCACCCAACAAUUGUAAUUGCAGCUUAUCGCCAGGCUUUAGAGGAUAUUCUAGAUGAUCUGAAAAAUAAAGUUGCUGUUCCAGUGGAUAUAAACAACAAAGAAGAGAUGAUGAAGAUUGUGAAAAGCUGUUUGGGAACAAAAUUUAUCAGCAAAUGGAUGGAUUUGGCCUGUAAUAUUGCACUAGAAGCUACUUCAACAGUACAGGUUCUAGACAAUGACAAAAAGGAAAUUGAUAUUAAACGCUAUGCCAAAGUAGAAAAGAUUCCUGGGGGUUUACUUGAAGAUUCUAAAGUUCUGAAAGGUGUCAUGUUCAAUAAAGAUAUUACUCACCCUAAGAUGAGAAGGCGUAUUGAAAACCCACGAAUUCUGCUGCUAGAUUGUAACCUUGAAUACAAAAAGGGGGAGAGUGUGACAAAUAUUGAAAUCUCUAAAGAGGAAGAUUUCUCUAAGAUUUUGAAGCUAGAGGAGGAGUUUAUUGAAAAAGUUUGCAAAGAAAUUACAGCAUUGAAGCCUGAUUUGGUUAUAACAGAAAAGGGUGUUUCUGACUUGGCCCAACACUAUUUGGUUAAAGAAAACAUUAGUGUGAUCAGGAGAGUUAGAAAAUCUGACAACAACAGAAUUGCAAGGGCUUGUGGAGCAACUAUUGCAAAUCGUACUGAUGAGCUUAAAGAAGAGGAUAUUGGUACUGGGUGUGGUCUGUUUGAGAUUCAGAAGAUUGGAGAUGAGUAUUACACUUUCCUAACCGAGUGCAAGAACCCUAAAGCAUGUACAAUUCUCUUACGUGGUGCAAGUAAAGAUAUCCUAAAUGAGGUUGAGAGGAAUUUACAAGACGCAAUGAAUGUAGCCAGGAAUGUUAUGAUUGAUCCAUUCUUAGUUCCAGGUGGAGGGGCCUCAGAGAUGGCAAUUGCUCAGGCUCUCAAUGAAAGAGCAAAGAGUAUUACUGGAGUUCACCAGUGGCCCUACCGUGCCAUUUCCAGAGCGUUGGAGGUCAUUCCCAGAACUCUUAUUCAGAAUUGUGGGGCCAAUCCCAUCCGUACCUUAACUGCGAUAAGGGCAAAGCAUGCACAGGCAAAUAGCUCAACCUGGGGUAUUGAUGGUAAUACUGGUAACAUUGUUGACAUGAAAGUGUUUGGUGUAUGGGAACCUAUUGCUGUUAAGCAGCAAGUUUUCAAGACAGCAAUUGAGACUGCUAUUCUCCUGUUGCGUAUUGAUGACAUUGUUUCUGGAGUAAAGAAACAAGGUGGAGGGGAUGCAGCAUCUGCUCCUCCUCAAGGCGCCCAGGCUUCUGAAGGCCCAGAACAGUAGUCUAGAAAUCCUUUAUGCUGGUUCACUUUAUGUUUUGUUUGAUAUGUAUUUAAGUGAAAGAAUGAAUACAUUUGAGUGUUUGCUGUUUUGCUUCUGUGAUUCAGUUGUCCAUUUUAAAAGUUUUGAUUACAUCUAUUCAGGUGGUAAUAACAUAAGUUUAUUGAGGCUGAACACUAAGUUGCUUUGACUUUUUUUAAAACAAGAAACAGGCUGGCUUGUCAGCAAGAUCAUGUCUUAUUAUUGACUUGCUAUUUUUGUAACAGGACUGUCACACAUAACUUUUUUUUACCAAAUACAUUAAACUUUCUAAUUAUUUUA